AUGGCGGAGGAAAUUUUAGGAGAUAUUCAGGAAGUGGUACAAGCAGCGAUGCUAUCUAAUGUGAGUAGUAGGAAUGAAGUAGAAGACAAGAAGAAGCAACAUGAUGGGAGUGAUGAAAGCGGAGGGUCAUGUGGGACAAUUCAGGGGUUUUCAUCAAAUCUGGAGUCUAAUUUGUCCAGAUCAUUCACAGCAAGUGAUGUUGGAAGCAAUUCUGAAGGUUCAACGUUUAGCAAAGUGUUAUCAGUUGCCGGAUCAUGCUCUAUUAAUCUAAUUCUACCCUUUUUGAAUGGACUUAUGCUUGGCUUUGGAGAGCUUUUAGCGCAUGAGUUAAGUUGGAAGUUUUCUUGGUUCGAUAGGGAAAGAAACAAGGGGUACCGGAUCUACCCGGAAAUCAGGAAGACGGUAGCUUUGGAGGAACUGCAACGAACAAAGGCAAUUCAGAUGCAGCAGGAAGUUGUUAAUUCGAAUGGGUUUUUGUAG